UUUAUGACUAACGUUUACACUUAUCGACAAUUUUAUUCUUUUAUUACUUUAUAUAAUGUCACAAAAAUCAAUUAGUCUACCUUCAAUAUCCAAUAUUUUAUCAAAUGAAUAUACUAAUUUCAAUCAUGAUACUCAUAGAAUAAGUCAUCCAAUCUCUUUACAAUCUUAUAAAUACUAUUCACCUCAAUAUUAUUUACCACAUCAUCAUCAACCUCCAAUUCAACACCAUCACCAACCGCAACCACUUCAACAACCACUACAACCACUACAACCACUACAACCUCAACAACACCAACCACCUCAGCAACCUCAACCUCAACAACAACCACUCACAAAAUCAUUGGCCAUACCAAAUUAUCACUACAAUUAUCAACCAGCCGGAUCGUCGUCACCAACAUCAAGUUAUUCUAGUAAUCAAUCAUCACCCAAAUUAAAGAGUGCAUCACCGGUUCUUUCUCAACCAAACAAGAAGAAAACUAGAAAUAACUUACCUAAAGAAACUACUUAUAUUUUACUCAAAUGGUUGAAUCAACAUCUAAAUCAUCCUUAUCCUAAUAGUUUUGAAAAAAAUCAAUUGAUGUUGAGUACUGGCUUAAACCAACAGCAAUUAAGUAAUUGGUUUAUUAACGCUAGAAGAAGAAAAAUCAAGGUGUUAAAAUUACAAAAUGAAUCAAGAUGAACGAAAGAAAAAUAAUCUCCGGCGCGCACGGAGUAAAAUAUAUGGCUUCGGCGGAGCUUACUAUUCAAUUCCAUUUCGGUUUAUCUCCCUUUCAUGUCCUUUAAUUCUUGUCGUUUUAAAAACUUAUUUUCUACUUCUUUUGUAUAACUUCUUUUUUCCAACUUUUUUUGCUUAACUUUUCUUCCUUUUUUUUUAUUGUAACGGUAUGGGUA